UUAUUUGUCUAUUUUAUUAUUGCAGGACAGCAUCUGAUACGAUGGAAUGUUCGUUACUCUUGCUGGCAUUUUCUAUUAUUAGAGUUGAAAGCAAAUAUCGAACACAGCUUUUACUUUGAAAAGUUGGCUGGCUGUGCUGAAAAUGUGACAGAAAGGCUGACUUCUAUUUUCAAGUUGCUGAGAAAUACCAUCAAAGUUAUUUGGGAAAAGGCAGAAGAUCUUAAAGACUUUAUUUCUGAAACUUUUCUUGUUAUUAACAGAUUUUCCCCAAUGUCAUCGCCACCGCUUGAACUUUUGGAAGCUUGCUUAGAGACUCUGGCAGUGGUCGCAAUGGAACUGCCAAUGCAGGUUUUAGGACAGCUCUCUGAAAUCGGAUUUUUGCCAGAAUGCAAUAUUGGACCAUCAAUUUUGAUAGCAAAAAGUUUUAGUGACAUAAAGUUGACUGCUGGCUCGUUUGGUCAUCUGCUGGCAACUGUUGAGUGCCAACUUGGAACUUAUCCUGUUACCAAAUCGUAUUUGAAGAUAAUAAAGACUGUUCUUGACGCAAAAGAGGCUUUUAGUUGCAUCAAGACAUUACAGUGGUUCUGGGCAACGUUGUAUUCAUCAUAAAGGAGAUUUUUUCGGGUAUUUUAUCUUGGCGGUUUACCAUUUUAACGGAAAAAGACGAAGUUGUUGAGCUCGCAUUGGAAUUGAUUUACAAACUGCUAGCUCCACAAAGCGUUGCCCAUUCACUGUCACCACAGUCCGUUAAGCUCAUGUCAGCUUUCCAUUCACUUCUCUGUGAUGGAAUUCUCAAUGGAGAAGCUGGAGACACACUUUUAACUGUUUUGAGUGUCGGCGUUGAUUUCCUUAAUCAAAAGUCAUUUGAGUGUGGAAGUGGUAAUGGCGCCAGUGUCUCUUCAGUUCAAAUUGUGAAGCUAGGUUUGGCUGUCCUUGACAGGCUGCUUAUCAAGAAUAAGGAAGCAGAAAUGAGCCUUCUGGAAAGCAAAGUGUGCGACGCAUGGGCCUUACAUAACUCAAGCGAAAGUCAGUUUUUUCGGCCUUUCGAAUCUUCUUUUGUAUCUAACAUUGCGAAAUACAUCUACCACGAAGAUGACCCUAAACUUGCUACUCUCGCCAUGGUUGUUCUCCAGCGCAUAUGUUUUAUAAACUCUGUUUCCAUUAUCGCAUGCUUUGGUUCCGAUGCAUUUUCUCUUAGAAGAGCUAUUGUUUCCUGUUUGGAAAGCAAUACCAAGCCUGUUCGACUCAAAGUUGCCAUUCUAGAAUUCCUGACAUGUGCUGUUGAUAAGCAGCCGGGCUUGCUAGAACUUUUUAUAAAUCACCAACUUCAAACUGGCGAAGAGUCUUUAAAGUCGAAGAAAACAUUUGGAAAACCAAGCUGUUUGCCUGCUGUUCUUAAUUAUCUUGCUGUAAAGCCGAACGCACAACCGAAACCUCUGCGGCUCGCCGCCCUGCGUUUUGUACAUGCACUAUGGAUUAGCAGAAUGGACCCGGUUUUGUCAGUUGUUAGGAAAAGUGAGAACUUUUGGAGCAACCUUGUUGUGACUUUGGCUGUGACUGAAACCGAAACGUUAUCCUUUGAUGAUGUGAAUGUGCUUACUCUUUUGCUGAAAGUUUUUGCAAUGGAAGCGUUCACCAUGACAAGUUCAGUUGAUGUCAGCUCCGAAUUGCAAGGAGCAAUCGAAAAUAUGCAGAGCUAUAACUUUCACAAAGCUAUAAAGCAUGCUAUAGUAAACAGUUCUUUGGCGGAUGCUAAACGGAAGGAGCAGACCAUUGCUAACACGUGUUCGUUGAUAAGAUCAUGGACAGAGUUUACAAUGGUCACAUCAUCAGUUCAAUCGAAAAAGGCCAAGAGUGAUGACGAGAAAAUGAAACACUUUUUAGAAACACUGUCCCUAUUUACAAGUGAGGUUGACAAAAAAGUGGGCGAAGAAUUGUCAUUUGCUGUUCUGGUUCUCGCAAGACAAUGGUCUGGAUCGUUGUCAAAUGUCACCCGUUUAGAGACUGAAAUAAUAACGUUGAUUGAAAUGGUUUGCAAUGAAGACGACAAGUCUCUAUGUUUUGUACAAGACCAUUUGUUUUCAGCAAUGCUUAUCCUUUCAAGUCGAUGUGUAGAAUCUCCGGAUAACGCGGAACUCGUGUACAAUAAGUGGCUUGCCAUGUUGCGUCUUAUCUGUCAAAUCAUUGAAGAGAUUUCUGUAACAGUUACCUCCUGUUAUCGUCCAGCACAUUACAAGAGGCUUCUAUUAAUGAUCAAUCUUGUCUCAAUUGCCUCCCGUCGCUUCAAGGACAGUACACAUUUGCUCCACAUUUUUGAAGAACAUUCCGUAUUUCGUCACUUGAUGAAUGUGUUGGGAAGUAUUAAAAAGGAACCAAGUCAAAAAAACCUUGUCAGUGAAAUCCUUUCUUUGUCGCUUGUUUUUGCUAGAGACUCUGAGUUGGUAGCGAUUGUUUUGCGGAACGAUUUUCUAAGACUCUUGGUUGUUGAAUGGAACUGGGGCUACAUUGCUUCGCCUUAUGGGAACGAUACGGAUUGUGAGCAUUGGACCAUUGCUAUAGCUUUGGUAACAACUCUACUUAAAACAACGUCUCAUAAAGUAUUGGACGCUGCGAUAUCUUUCAUUGCUGCCAACAAAGCCAGAAUUAUUGAGGCCACCAAACUAAAUUGCAGGAUCAAGUCAGAAGCUUUGCUGAAAGAAUCAAAAGAAACAUCAAAACUGUUUCUACAGUUAUCUUAUUUUUGGAACAAACUAGCAAGCAUGGAACCGGAACUUAUGGAAUCUCUAAAGUUCGAAGCAAUGAUGAUGCUGCAUAGCAGUGUGUCGUUUCUUGCACGCCCAAGACUUUUACAACACAUUGUUGAGGACAGAGAGUCAAUGCAGGUUCUUCUUGAAAAAUCAAGAGCUCCCAGCCCCUCCUUAUCAACUGAUAGCAGGCACAAUCUUCAAUUGAAAGAGGAAACCUAUUACAAUCUGGAUGAACCCUUAGGACGAGUCCAGGAAAUGAUCAUUGAAAUUGUUGCAAGUACCACUGGAAUGAUCAGAAAUAUUUCACCAAACCUUGUCGAAUCUAUUAUUGACGAAGGAGCAGAUUUGCAGAACUUUGUGCCUACAGUUCAGCUAGCAUUCAGUUUUCCAUCGUUUGAUGAAUUACGAGAAGUCUCUUUUGGGACUUUUAUUGCUUCCAUAAAUGUUUGCCACAAAAUUUUGAUGCAAACUGCAGAAUCUGCUACUGUUUCACCUUUGCAAGAAAGCAAUCUAUUUGAUUCACAUAGGAAUAAAGUUUUAAGGAAUAUUCUGAAUUUCGUGAUUGAAAACUCCGUUGUCAUCAUCAUGUCAGAAGCGUCAUUUUACCUCCGACAUCAAACAAUAAAUCCACGCACCAAACAGUUUAUGAAAAGGGAACUUGGAAGUGAAUUGAAAAAUCUUCUGCAUUCAAUCAAUCGCAGCCAGUCAAGAAAGGUUGUCUCCCAGGUAUCUAAGUCAAGUGGCAGAGAGAGUCCAACUGCUUUAAGACGAAACGCGAGCAUAACGACUUUUUCUGAAAAUGAAAGCGAUAACAUUUACGAAAUUGCUUAUGCUUUUGCAUGUCAGCUGCUUAAAUGACAUUUCAAUGCUCUGUUCCAUUUUUCUUAACUUAGCUUGGCUUAGCUUGACGAGCAUUUCAUUCAUUUAUUCAUUAGAAAAACCUCUAGAAA